AUGAGGUCGUUGUUCUUGUUAGCGGCUGUGUGCUGUUUAGUAUUAUCUGUUUACGCUAGCCCUAUCGCUCGCUCGGAGGAUGACACAGAUGUUAAAGACGUUGGAAGGCAGGCCGCAGCAGUCCCCGCCGCUGCACCAGCUGCAUCUUCAGAUGACGAUGACGACGACGACGACGAUGAUGAUGAUGAUGAUGAUGAUGAUGAGCCCUUAGCAGCUUUAUCGGAUGAUGACGAUGACGAUGAUGACGAUGAUGAAGAAGAAGCAGAUGAUGACGAUUCUGACGAUUAUCUCGAAAGAUUCUUUGACGACAUCUUAGGAGGAGGAGAAGACGAUGAUGAUGACGAUGAGCCUGCGUCAGCAGUCGUAAAACCAGUAGUUGCUGCUGCCGACACAGUCGCUGCCGCGCCUGCUGCUCCCCUCUCAGCUGAAGAAGUCGUGCCUGAAGGUGACGAAGCUGCCAAUGAAGAGGGCGAAGUAUCUGGAAUAAGUGAAGAGGCCGAGGGUGUACAAAAGGAGCCCGCUAGCGCUGAAGUAGAGAGUCCAGCCAGUUCUGAGGCAGUUGCUGAAGUUGAGGCUGAAGCUGAGGAAGAUGACGACGACGACGAUGACAUCGACUCGGCGCUGGACGCUGACGACGAUGAUGAUGACGACGAGGCAGAGGAUGACGACGACGACGAUGAUGAUGAUGACCUCAGUGAUGCGCUCGGCAGGAAUAAGAACUCACGUGCACUAAAGGAGGAAUCGACCACCAAUGCAACAACAGUGCCAGCCAUCUACAUAGUCAAAUACAAUCGCUUUGUUGACAAUAUUCUCGAGAAGAUGAACGAUAUACUGAGAACUUCAUACGACCCUGUUAGCGUUAAACUGCAACCUAUCGACGCUAACAAGAAAACAACAAAGCGGAAGACUACUAACAAAAACAAGCCAAAAAGGAAAACUUCCAACAAAAAGAAAAACUCAGCUCGUGGUAGUGCCGUCACUGAGAAAAUUAACGAAAGCACAGUAACUGAAGCGCUCGAACCAGCCAAAGAACAGAAGGAUCAGACUAAUGAAAUUAAACCCGUAGAAGAAAUAAUUGAACAGACCCAAGAAAGCAUAGCUGUUGAAACUAGGGCUAACAAAGAUAAGACUGGUAUUGAUAAAGCAAAGCCAACAACAAUUAAAACUAAACCCCCAACUAAGGCUACUAAACCACCAACAAAGGUUUCUAAACCACCAGCUAAAAUAACUAAACCUAAACCAUCGAAAACUAAAACAACAACCAAGAAACCUUCAACCAAUAAAAAUAAGACGAAAACUUCAGAGAAAAGCAAGCCUCGUGCGAAAGGAACACUUUAUGGUCUAUCAUCUUUGAGAAGAACAGGAGACGUCGCCGUUAGCAUCAUGUCUAACUACACCAGUGUUAAGAGUAACUUCGCUGUCGGUCCUCUGAUUUUGAGAGUUCAAAAAGAGGUUGGUCGUGGUGCUAAGAAAGACAUCAGAUCAGCUACAGCCACGACCGCCGAAAUGGUUGGCAAACUUACAUUGAGGAUCAAUAAUGAAGGAAUUGCUUCACUGCACACAAUUAAAGUCCUUCAGCCCAAACAGGUUCGCGUUGAUAGCAAUAAUGAAAGGACUAGGGAGCUAGUAUGGAGACGCAGUGCAAGAAUAGCUCAUGUAGUAUCCCAGAAACUUCUUUCAGCUUCUAAGCCCAUGUUCGUCAAAGAAUAG